AUGCAACCGACACCUCGAAAAGUCCACUCAGACAAACGCCGCCGCCAGCAGCGAAAAGCAUGUGAUUUAUGUCGUCGUCGCAAAGUCCGCUGCGACAUCGUAGAUAAACCCUCGGGGCCCUGUUCCGUCUGUGAAAAGUCGGGGUUCGAAUGUCGAUCAACGGCGAAAUGGGCCACUGCACGUCAGGGUUCUGUUGCUUCCAGACGCGGCUUUGCAGAGUCGCAUCGAUCGCCAGGAACAUCGCAUCCGGAUCUGGAGCCGGGUGCCGUUGAGGCACGGGAUAGUACCAUCUCAAUCGUCGGACCCGAGCAUGGCCCCUCGGAUCCGCCAUCACAGCUCGACAAGACAUCCGCUGAUCUAUCCCGCGCCGAUGGCCAAGAGAAACUCGCUCGCGAAGGUUUAGCACGCUUCUUCAAGCAUGGCAUUGGCGCUGCUGCUUGGGCUGUGUUUGCAUCUACAAAGAGUUUUCGGAUUGCCUACGUUGGGACCGCUGUGUCCAAUCUGGUGCACCUUGUUGAUUUGCACCGGUCGUUUAGGCAGCCUUAUUCUUCUAUCCUUGGAGAUGAAUCUCGGCCAUUAUCAGGGCCUACAGGGCCUACGGGGCCUGACACCCAUGGCUCGUUUCCAGAGUCCGCUGCUGAUGGAAGCACGGGGAGUGAUAGAAUAACGGGCGGAAAGCCGCUGCAUUAUCCCUAUCCUCCUAUCCGUCAGGUGAAGUCUUGGAAACCAACUCCCAGCUCAUGGGGCAUGACGCAGGACUUGGUCACAGAGGUAUCUUCCUUUCCAGCUCAGGAAGUUCGCGAUGCUUUAGUCACAGCCUACUUCGACCACAUCCACCCAUUUCUCCCUAUUGUCUCGAAACCAGAAUUCCUCGCCCGGUAUCGCACACCUGACAACCCUCCGCCGCUUCUCCUCUUCCAAUCCGUUCUCAUGGCCGGUGCUCACGCGUGCGCCCAUCCCCUUGUCGCCAACGACCGUCAUGCAGUCCAGAACAGACUCUUCCGCCGGGCCAGCAUGCUAUACCACAUGCGGCACGAGUCAGACAGGAUGCAUCUCCUCCAAGCAGCUUCUCUGUUCACAUGGCACAUAGGCGACGGGGACACAGUCGCCGGCGGACCGUGGUAUUGGGCGGGAAUAGCAGUACGUAUAGGUACUGGACUUGGUGCGCACCGGAGAAGUUCUCAGCUUCCGUCGACGGAGAUGGCUCAGUAUCGACGAUGUUGGUGGUCGGCGUUUUUCUGCGAAGUAUUCUCGGCGCUUGAGACAGGGAGACCCUGUGCGGUUAGGGCGGAGGAUAUAGAUCAGCAGCCGCUUCAGCAGGAGGAUAUCACCGACACGCCAAGUAGAGAUCCUGCUAUCGCUGAGGCUCCCGGAGCAGGACCUGACUUUUUGAACCAUCUGGUUGAUCUGGCUUACAUUGGCCUUGACAUCAUCUCCAUCAACGCGCCGGCGAGAGAUCGCAUCAUAGACAUCGCCUCAAUCGACGCUCGUCUCGGCCUGUGGUCUCUACGCUCGGGCAUAUCCACCGUCGCUGAAGACGACGACUCCUGGACAUGCCAUCUCCGCAUGCACUACAACCUCCUCUUACUACAUCUCCACCGCAACCUCUACGAAACAAGCAGCCAGUCCAUCUGCUCAGCAGCCGCCCAAGCCAUCGUAGCAUCUCUGGAAAAGCUCACCGCGCGCGACGAACUACGCCAAUGCCACUUCACAUCCGUCAGCGCCGUAACAGCAGCGGGUAUCCAAUUCGCAGGCGAGAUCCGCGCCGCCGUGACAUCGCAAACCUUCCUAGUCGCCAUCAACGCCCUAGAGCGACUAUCGCGAUUGCUGCGAUCCACGAUGAUGCUUGCGCGGCACUGGCCGAAUGCCGAGGCUGUGCACAGCGUGUUUGAGGAACUACAUCGGGAGUACGAGACGCUUGUUACGCAGCGGUUGCAGGGCGAGCAGGUCAUGGUGCCGGAGAGUCCCCCGGAUUGGAACCGGUUGUUGGGAGGGGAGGGGUUGCAUCAGUUUAGUAACUUUACGUCGGAUCAGGAUUGGAUGAAUAUCAAUAGCUGGACGGAGUUGCUGUAA